AUGAAGUACGACGAAUGCGCCGACUUAGCUCAGAAGAAUUUCAAUCAGUUCGUCGGAGAAAAGCUUCUACCUGAGCUGAGGAGUCUCAAAUCAUCCACGACGGGACUCAAUGGAUUGGUGAUCCCACCCACGUGGAUCCUGGGCUCCGUCGACCGACCAAGUUGGGAGCCCAAAACGUCCGACAAGGAAGAAUAUGUUAUGACCCAUGGCGAUCUCGGACCCCACAACGUCAUGAUGAAUCUGGAAACAUUGGAGGUGAUCUCUAUCAUCGACUGGGAGUACAGCGGCUACUUCCCCCCGGGAUUUCAGAAAUGGGGUGCUACACGGGGGACAUUUCGCACAUUUUAA